GCAUCCCUCCCUUUUUAUUUGAAGCCAUUUUAUAUGCUCCUAUUGAUGACACAAAUAGCACAGCAAAGAUUGGAAAUGGAAUAAUUUUUUUCACUUUAUAUAAAAAAGAAGUGGCCAUGUGGGAUUCCCUAACUCUAGCAAAUGCUAACAAGGAGCAACUGCAAUAUCUAAGAGAGAAUGCUGUUCUAAAAGCCCAUGAAAAGGCAAAAGAGGAGACAGAAGAAAAAAAAAUUACAAAACAGGAACACAAAAAAUAUGCUUUGGAGGCCACAAUGAAGCUAGAAGAAGCAGAGAGAAAAAGAAUUGAAGAUCUCAAAGAAAAGGAGCGGCAGAAGGUCACUAAGGAGUUGGAGUUAUGGAAAAAACAGCAAAAAGAUGCUGAGAAACAAAAGAGGGUACAAAAAGAAGGGGAACUACAUCAAGAAGUAGAGCAAUUAAAGGAGAAGAAAAACGAAAAAAUGAACAAAACUAGGAUUCCUAAUGAAGGAACUUCCAAGACCAGACUCAAACCUACUAAAGGUCAUGGUUCCUAUAGUAUGUUUUCAGAAAAUUUAAAGGAAGAACAGUUACCAGCUCCUCGAUCUGCUGCUACAAUUAAAAUCAACUUUACAUCACGAGUUUUUCCUACAGCUCUCCGAGAAUCUCGCAUCGCAGAAGAGGAGGAGUGGCUACGUAAACAAAGAGAAGCUCGAAGAACAAUAAGUGCUGAUUUGUCUGAGCUGGAAGAUUUAAAAGAAGAGGAGAAGAAUCCAGAUUGGUUAAAGGACAAAGGAAACAAAAUGUUUGCAACGGGAAACUAUCUUGCAGCUGUAAACGCAUAUAACCUCGCAGUGCGGCUAAACAGUAAGCUUCCCCUACUGUAUCUGAAUCGUGCUGCUUGCCACCUUAAACUGAGAAAUUUACAUAAAGCUAUUGAAGAUUCCUCUAAGGCACUAGAACUACUGACACCACCUGUUCCUGAUAAUGAGAAUGCUCGAGUAAAAGCAUAUGUGAGACGUGGAACAGCAUUUUGUCAGCUGGAAUUAUAUACUGAAGGUCUCCAGGAUUAUGAAGCAGCUCUCAAGAUUGAUCCUAAAAAUAAAAGUAUAGAAAAAGAUACUGAGAAGAUUCGUCAUCUAAUUCAAGGAAAAACACGAGAUUCUUAAUUUAAAAAAAAAAAACGAACUUUUUGACAGGGAUGCCUUUUGAGAGCAUCAGAAGGAAUCUUAAUUCUCUUCAACAUGUUAACUAGGCAUUUUUCUGUUUCACUCAGAACACCUACAGAAUUGGUAAAAGAUAGGAUAUAUGAACUACCAUUUUUGGAAAGUAUAGUAUUAUAACAAAAAUUAUGAGAUAUAUUUUAUAUCAUUGUGAUACACAGUUGUAAUAUUUUUGCUUUCUGUGAAAUAUUGGUAAGCUGAAUAUUAAAACAUGCUUUUGGUACUUGAUUUAAAGUUACUCGUAACUAAAUGAAAUAUUGGUCUGGAAAUAUCUACUGAAUCUAGGCAAUGGGUUUUCGAACAACUUCAGUAGCUCCAUAUAGUCAACACCUCUUAACUUCAUCUUUCUGUUCUCCAGCAAAGCUGAAACAGUUAUUUGU